UAUUUUGAACGUGAAGGUGGCGGUUUAGACGAUAACGCUUGUUUUUACAGUAUAAGUCAAGUCAGGAUUAAAAUAAAUAGCAACGUUCAUAAUACGCUUAUAAGAUAAUAAUCUCAAAACAUGUCAUCUGUCAAUGGCUUGUCAAAUACCAAACCAGAUAGAGUCCCGCUCAGAGAUGUACAGAAUGAACAGUUAAAUAUGCAGGGCACUCCAACUCUUAUGUUUAAACAUGCAUCGACACAUGUGAAGGACUCAAACAUGAAGCAUGAAGUUGUUCUUGGUGAAAAUCCAUCAAGCUUAGCUAUCACAACAGAGGUCUAUAAUAUUGGUCAAACUAUGGAUACCACUGAUGAACAUCAAGACAUCAUAUUAAAAUCUUUUGCUUGCCUUGAAGGAGAAGUAGUAGUUGAGGGUGAAUCUGUACUGUCAGAUAUUUCUGUUUUAAUCGGCCGUCUUGGAUUGGUGGAUAAUGUUCCACUUCAAAGUGACUCUGAUGAGACUAAUGGAAUUGAGGACACAGAGGAUAAUGAGACCAGUAAAGAGCAUGUUGAUCAUCCAUACUCUUGUAGGAGCAGAUCUACAGGUUACAGUGCCUCAUCCGUACUGCAUCAGGAGGAAGAAGUUUCCACCAUUGAGCUGGAAAAUGUUACAUUCAAGUCCCUUAUGUGCUUUGGUGGAGAAGUUCUUGUUUCAGAUAGCUCAGCCAUCUCUAAUGAAUCCAUAAUCAUUAAGGAUCUUGCAUCUGGAAAUAACUCUCAAUACGAAACUACUCCUGUUUCUAAAGUGGACACCGAGGUUGUAUCUAUAAACACUCAACCUUUAGGCCAUUCCUACUGUAACUGGAAGAGUCAUGAGUCUUUUAUUGAAGAUAGCUGCACCAUCAGUACAGUCAAUGAUGUAUCUCAAUCAACAGUUGAGCAUAAUGUUGGUACUCAAUGUGAGCACCCUGAUCUCUCAGAAGGAUGUUAUGGUGUAUCAAAUGAACAAGAAGAGGUCACAUUAAAAAGCUUGAGCUGUUCUGGGCUUGAAAUAGAAAUCGCUGAUCUAUCCAAGGUGUCAGAAAUGUCUUUACUCCUAUAUAAUCUUGCUGAGGAACAAAGUCUAAAUUGUUUAAAUGAUGUCACUGAAAAUGCUGGUCAAAGCUUUGCUAGUUUGACACCUGGAAGCAAGCAUAUUGAUCAUAUGUACUGCCAUGCUAAGGAAAUGUCUCUAGUCCUAAAUGUGUCAAGCACUGAAAACGAGCUCUUUACCAAGUCAGAGUGUCUUUCAGAAAGGUCUGGAAAUACGGUUGAUGCAACAUCACCUCUUGGACACAUUACAGAGGAAAAGUUUGUGUCUGUGACAUGCCAUGAAAUAGAGAAAUCAAAAACACAUGAGGAGUCAAGCCAACACUUGUCAGCAUUGAAUAGAGAAAAUAAAGCUGAAAGUUCAGAUGUUGCAAAGUUAAACAACAGUGAUGGCAAACCCAAGGAUGAAUCUUCUGUCGUGACUGCAAAGCAUGUGGAAGAGCUUAAUCAGCAGUUAAUGCCAGAAAUGAAGGAGCCAAUUUCACACUCUGAGGAAACCCUUUGUCCUCAAGAUGCUGUUUUGGAAAAUGUUGGCCGAGAAACCAACAUUCCCAAAGUUAGGACACUGACUUUAAAGGAUGAAGAGAUCCACCCAGAGAUUGAAGUUAUGCGGUUAUGUGAUGCAUCAAGUCAAGCCAUCUCAGAUCAUCAAGAUAUUUCUAGUGCUAUUGUUCUAACAAGAUCUUGUACUCCAAAGACACCCACCCUAAGUAGGAGUGUUUUGCAUGACCCCACAGCCGAGAACCCAAUGAGCCACCUGUGGCCUGAGCUUCCAGAGAGUCCCAUGCCACCGCCUCUGUUGAACUCUACAUCCCUGGUCAAUGCUUUUAGCUACACGCCCGUUCCUUCAGACCCACCCAAGAAAAAGGACGUGAAACCUUCUGCAGACCAUCAGAAUGAGUUGAAUGCCCCUCCAGUUUUCGGAAAUGGGCCUUUACAGGAACAACUAAGACAAAUGGCUGAACUGUUGAUGGUUGCUUCAGGAAAGAUGGUUGUUCCUGCUGCAGCACCAGAGAAUCACCAAAAUGUUUCAGUGGGCACUUCUCCAGUAUCAACGCGCAGUGUUUGUGUGUGGAGCACACCAGUUCAGCGAAUGGAGCGCAGUGUUAAUACUUCAGGAACAAUGGAGAUUUGCAAACAGGCUGAUGUUUCUGAUGCUAGCACUUCAACAGACUCCCUUUUAUGGAAUUUGUCUCCUGGAAAUCUGGAGCAUCUGUCUAGAACUGAAUUGGAGCAGAGGUUGACCUCUACGCUCAUCAUGGUGGAGGUUCUUACCCAACAGCUCACUUCUUCUCGGGCUCAUAAUCCAAGCAAAGAUGCUUCUCCAUCUGAUCUCAGAGAAAAGCUCAUCCAGACAGACCACACUGAGCUCAGACAGAAUGGGACAUACAGAGAUUUAUAUGGGACUGCCCUGGAGAGAAUUCAGUGUCUUGAGUACGAUCAGGAGAUUCUUCACAGUCUGUAUAACAGCAUUCAAGCAAUGAGGGUUGGACUGAUCUCAUUUAAGUCAAGCACAGAGGAUGCCAUCCUCAAGAUGAAACAGAUUGGAGAUACUGUUAAUGUCGAUCAGGAAACUUUAUCUAGACAGGCCAGUCAGAUGAAGUCUCUUUAUGGGAGGUAUAAGUAACACUUCAAAGAAUGGAGGAGAAGAUGAAAGACAUGAGGAAGCGUAUGGAUGCGGCACU